AUGUCGCUGGCUACGUUCAGCUCUGGUCUCCUACUAGAUCUUUCUGCAAAUUUCAAGAAAUUGUAUGAUUCUGGUGAAGACCACGACGUUAUAUUUAGAGUUGGAGUGGAGGAGAGCGAGUUUAGGGCUCACUCCAGCAUUUUGAAAGCGAGGUCAGCUUAUUUCAAUGCUGCAUUUUCGAAUAUGUGGGCAAGGAAGGAAGACGGAGUGUUUGUAUUUACGAAAGACAAUAUAUCGAGCGUUGUAUUUGACCGAAUACUCAAAUUUGUCUAUAGCGGGUCAAUAAACCUGGAUACAAUGGAGACCCAGACAUUACUUGAACUUCUCAUUGCUGCCGAUGAAUUGGAGCUGCAAAGUUUGAUUACCUACGUCCAAAUUCAUCUCAUAAGCAAGUGUACGAACUGGUUGCGUCGACGAAUUAACAUGGUCUUGGUUCUGCAUAUAGUGUGCGAACAUGAACCAUUUGAUCAAUUACGAGAAUAUGUCUUGGAAUAUAUCUGUCGGGAUGCAAAGCCAUUUUUUGAAUCAGAUGAAUUUACUACUCUGAGAGAAGAUGCAUUGGCCCUUAUAUUAGCACGAGAUGACCUGGAACUGGAUGAAGUAAGAAUAUGGGACAACGUUAUACGAUGGGGCAUAACACACGCUGAAUUACCACUCAGCGUGAGCAACAUAGAAUAUUGGUCGGACGCUGAAUUUGAAGCAUUGAAAACAACAUUACAGCACAUUAUUCCUCUUGUUCGGUUUUUUUACUUGUCGCCUGUGGAAUUCGAAACUAGAGUUAUCAGAUUAUUUCGUAAACUGAUUCCUUACAGUAUGCAAACACGCGUAUACGAAUACUAUUCUAACCCGAAUAUGCUUGACACCAAGUCAACCGUACCACUGCCUCGAGUAUCAGCCUUUCCUUUCGAUUCUUCUAUAAUAUCAGCGAAAGAUGUUGCUCAGAUAGCCAGUUGGAUAGAUAAUAGACGCAAGCAACCAUACAACUAUGCACGAAUACCAUACGAAUUCAAAUUAAUACUUCGGGCAUCACGCGACGGGUACGGCGUUGAUACGUUUCACAAGUUAUGUGAUGGAUAUGGACCAACAGUGGUAGUAUGUAAAGUGAAGGAGACGGGAACUAUAAUUGGAGGGUUUAAUUCGUUAUGCUGGCAUGGCUAUUAUAAAUGGGGUCCUCGCAGAUUUGCAUACAGAGAGGAACGCAAAGAGACAUCGGAAAAUUUCCUAUUUACGUUUGGUGACACCAGAACGAGAGCACAUACACGAGUUGUCAAGGUCAAGUCCCAAAAUGUGGACGAAGCAAUAAUAUGGGAUGGCGGUAAAGGGCCUUAUUUUAAUAGUGAUUUAAUGAUGGCAUAUUCACCUCUGGUAAACGGGAAUCAUAACUGGAAAUGUCAGCAAUUGGCUUAUGAAGCCCCCAUUCUCGAUGGUCCGUCAUCCAUCUUUUCCGUCGAUGAAUAUGAAGUGUUUCUUGUUGUGGAAAAGUCGUUUAUGCUUGUCUCUUGGUCAGUCAGAUUGUUACGAAUUAUCAGAUGGGCGAAAAGAUACAUUGCUAAAUGGUGGGACUAUGUUGGAUUAAAUUAA